UAUGAACGGGUUGAAUUUUUGACCCAUUUUCAGACCCGAAAUUGCCUACACUAUUUUCCAAUUUCUCUUCCCUCCGUAGAAUGCUAACUGCCCAAAGUGUUCUUGCUAACAACAACAGAUUCUUUCUCUCUUUCAUUAAUUCCAGACAGUAAUUUGCAGAUUUCUAUGAAACAGUCUUAUUUCACUGCCCCUACCAGCCAAGUUCCUGAGGUGAAAGAUGACUGCUAAUAUCCAAAAAUUCCGAAAUCUUUCAACUGCUAUGAGCCAUAGUUUCAAGUCAAGAUGUCUCUUGCAUCACUAUCGUUUUCUGCACCAUGGUCCAGACACUAUGGAGGAAUUAUUGGAUAGACAUGUGGUCAAAAAGGAGAAGAGCCUUGAUGAUGAUGAGAACGAGCUCCUCAAUAGACAGCGACUCACUAGCAGUCGCCGUGAGGCUCUAAGUCUCUACCGAGAUGUCAUCCGUGCUACCCGGUUCUUCAUGUGGGCCAACUCUCAAGGAAACCUGUGGCGUGAUGUACUCAGAGAAAAUGUCCGAAAGGAGUUUGAGGAGGCACGAUUUGAGAGAGAUCCAGAAGUCAUCACCAGGUUGCUUAUUGGAGGCCGGGAUGCUCUGCAAGCUGCUUUGGAUAAACUUGCUGAGAAACAAAAGCAAGAAAUCGAAAAGCAACGUGGCAAUUCAAAUACUCCUUGAUAGUCUGGUGUUAUGAGAUGUACAGUGAUAGUUCAACAACCUUAACAAGUGAAGCUCUUUGGCACGGAGAUUAUGUAAUACAAAUGUAAUCGUUGUAAUCUUUGUUGAAGCUUAUGAGUUCAGGAUUCUAAUUUUGUUAGAGCUAACGAAUUUUAAAUUGAUAAUUUGUAUAUAUUCGUAUGAACUCUCAAGACAAAUCCUGGUUUCGUACUAAAGCUAUUUGAGUUUUCACAUCUA